AUGUCUUAUACGCCUAGCUUUUAUGACAGAGGCAAUUUUACAUUCCAAAGAAACAUGCAAAACUUUCAAAAUAUUCCCCCAAAUUUUCCAUUAGUGCCGCCCCCUCCGCCUCCUGUUACUCCCUUUUUGUUGACCCCAGAAUUAUCAGAUCAGGAGUACAUUAAGAAGUUUGAGAAUCGCAUCCCUGUUACUGUAAAGAAAAAGAUCAAUAAGUUUAACAUAUCAGAACUUCACAAUAAAUUGCAUACACUAGUUCUAUCAUUGAAUGAUAUAAAAAAUCAAGAAUGCAUGUUGUCCAACAACAUAAACACAUUGUCUGAAGAAGAGUGGAAUAGUGCGCUCAAUAACAUAAAAGAGAACAGAGAUGUUAUUGAAAGUGUGACGGCACAAUUAAGCAGUUCGUACCUAGAUAUGAGCAGAAAACUAGUUGCUAAGAGGACAGCUAAGAGAUUGAGAUUGAAAAGGCUUAAGGAAGAGAGAAAGAGGGAGAAGCAGGAACAAAUAAAAGAGUUGGAAGAGAGAUCACGCAAAAUAGAUGAGAAUUUGCAGAAGAUAAAGGAUGAUAUUCAGAGAGUUAAACAGGAGGAGGAAGCCAAGAUCCAAGCUGAUAUUCUAUUGAAAGAGGUAAUAAAGAAGAAACAGGAUGCCAAGAAGAGUAUAGCAAAGUUAGAAGCACUUGUAAAGUUGAGAAGAGCACGUCAGAACACUGCUAGAGGUAGAGGGCAGGAGGUAUCUGACGCUGAGGCAACUUACUUUCAAAAUAGCAUAGAACGAAUUAAAAAGCUAUGGGAAAUCAAACUGUUGGCAUAUGAGAAAGAGGAAGCUGAGUCACGAGCUCAAAUGGAACAGACAAACAAACAGAAAGACAGCUCUACUCUUGUGGAGAAGGAAGUCAAACGUAACUUGCUGAAGUGGAGGAAGGCACUGUUCGGUGGAGAUUUGUACCCUCAGGUGGACUUCAAGGGGGAUAUGGCGACGUUUAUUGAUGUUAGAUCACAUUGGGACCGCUACAUAGAUGGCAGUGAGGGUUCAACCCCUCUACCCAUGGGGUGGGUCGUACCCAGCUCGAAAACAGUCACGACUUAAGCCUACUAUAUUUUUGCAUACACUUUGUAGAAAUUAUGUUUUUUAUGCAUUUAUUGCUUCAGAAUAAAAUGCUUUGUAAUAUA